AUGGAAAAUGAAGAGAUAAGGAAGCAGGUGGAGGAUCUUUUAAAGAAGAGUUUGAUAAGGGAAAGCCUCAGCCCUUGUGUUGUUCCCAUAGUACUUGUACCAAAGAAAGGAGAGGAAUGGCCUAGUCGAAGAACAGCUGUUUCAACAGGCGUGAAUGAGGUUUUUAAACGUUUCCUAGGGAAAUUUGUGAUUGCAUAUUUGGAUGACAUUCUAGUGUUUAGCAGGUCUAAGAAUGAGCACUUGGAGCAUUUGAGGCAGGUUUUGAGAAGGCUACAUGAGGAGACGUUGCAAAUAAAUCUCAAGAAGUGUGUAUUUUUGCAGACUGAGCUGAUUUACUUGGGCUUUGCGGUGUCCAACAAUGGACUAAAGAUGGACAAGGAAAAAGUACAAGCCAUACUUGAAUGGCCAACACCAAAAAGUGUAAUGGAGGUAAGGAGUUUUCAUGGUCUAGAGAGUUUUUAUAGGAAGUUUAUUAAAUAUUUCAGUCAUGUGGUAGCACCUAUUCUUGAGACUAUUAAGGGGAAUAAGAAACCAUUUGAAUGGACUAGAAAGGCUGAAAAAAAAUCAAGACUUAUCAAACAGAAGGUGAGUGAGCAGCCCAUUCUUGCUUUUCCAGACUUUGAGAAGGUGUUUCAAGUGGAGUGCGAUGCUAGUGGGUUAUGCUAUUGGGUUGGCUAUUGGGGUUGUCCUUAG